GUUCCCGGCGUGCAAUGCGGGAGGCUGCGACGGUGCUGGGGUGGUGGGGGAACGACCCGGAGGCGGGAGGCGCAGUGGCUGAGGCGCGUGUGCGCCGGUGACCAGAAUUAGAUAGACCAUGACUGUGCCUUCGGUGGCGUCACUCGCUGGGCCGCUUUUCCUGAGAUUUCCCUAAGCCAUCCCCUGGUGGAACUGCUCCCAGAUUUUAUCCACAAGUGCUUGUGGAAAAGAUGGCUGAUAUUAACCUCAAAGAAGUAACCUUAAUAGUAGGUGUGGUUACUGCCUGCUAUUGGAACAGCCUCUUUUGUGGUUUUGUUUUUGAUGAUGUUUCAGCAAUACUGGAUAAUAAAGACCUGCAUCCAUCUACACCUUUAAAAACUUUAUUUCAGAAUGACUUCUGGGGAACCCCUAUGUCUGAGGAGAGAAGCCACAAGUCUUACCGUCCCUUAACAGUAUUGACAUUUCGCUUAAAUUAUCUGUUUAGUGAGCUGAAACCAAUGUCAUAUCAUCUCCUAAAUAUGAUUUUUCAUGCUGUGGUUAGUGUGAUAUUUCUUAAAGUCUGCAAACUUUUUCUGGACAACAGGAGUAGUGUCAUUGCUUCUUUACUUUUUGCAGUGCAUCCAAUACACACAGAAGCAGUAACCGGUGUUGUAGGAAGAGCAGAACUUUUGUCAUCUAUCUUUUUUCUAGCUGCAUUUUUGUCAUAUACCAAAUCAAAAGGACCAGAUAAUUCCAUAGUAUGGACUCCAAUUGCUUUGACAGUGGUUUUAGUUGCUGUUGCAACAUUGUGUAAAGAACAAGGAAUAACAGUUGUGGGAAUUUGCUGUGUGUAUGAAGUAUUUAUUGCCCAGGGGUAUACUUUGCCAUUAUUAUGUACUACUGCCAGACAGUUUUUCCGUGGGAAGAGUAAUAUUCCAUUUUCUAUGCUGCAGACACUAAUAAAACUCAUUGUUUUGAUGUUCAGUACACUAUUACUUGUUGUGAUUAGAGUCCAGGUCAUUCAGUCCCAACUUCCAGUAUUCACCAGAUUUGAUAACCCAGCUGCUGUAAGCCCAACUCCUACAAGGCAGCUAACUUUUAACUACCUCCUUCCCUUGAAUGCUUGGCUUCUAUUAAAUCCUUCGGAACUGUGCUGUGAUUGGACCAUGGGAACAAUACCACUUAUAGAAUCAUUUCUAGAUAUUCGAAAUCUUGCCACAUUUAUUUUCUUUUGCUUUUUGGGGGCUUUGGGGGUAUUCAGUCUCAGAUACCCUGGUGAUUCCUCCAAGACUGUUUUAAUGGCACUUUGUCUAAUGGCAUUACCAUUUAUUCCUGCAUCAAACCUUUUCUUCCCAGUGGGAUUUGUUGUUGCUGAGCGAGUAUUAUAUGUUCCUAGCAUGGGGUUCUGUAUUUUGGUAGCCCAUGGAUGGCAGAAAAUAUCAAACAAAAGUGUAUUGAAAAAGUUAUCCUGGGUUUGUCUGUCUAUGGUGAUAUUCACUCAUGCCUUAAAAACACUCCACAGAAAUUGGGAUUGGGAGUCUGAAUAUACAUUGUUUAUGUCAGCCUUGAAGGUAAAUAAAAAUAAUGCCAAAUUAUGGAAUAAUGUGGGUCAUGCUCUGGAAAAUGAAAAGAACUUUGAGAGAGCUUUGAAAUACUUCUUACAGGCUACUCAUGUUCAGCCAGAUGAUAUCGGUGCUCACAUGAAUGUAGGAAGAACUUAUAAAAAUUUAAAUAGAACCAAAGAAGCUGAAGAAUCUUACAUGAUGGCUAAGUCCCUGAUGCCCCAAAUUAUUCCUGGUAAAAAAUAUGCAGCCAGAAUUGCCCCUAACCACCUAAAUGUUUAUAUUAAUCUGGCCAAUCUGAUCAGAGCAAAUGAGUCCCGCCUGGAAGAAGCAGAUCAGCUGUACCGGCAAGCAAUAAGCAUGAGACCCGACUUCAAGCAGGCUUAUAUUAGCAGAGGAGAAUUGCUUUUAAAAAUGAAUAAACCUCUUAAGGCAAAAGAAGCAUAUCUUAAAGCACUAGAGCUGGACAGAAAUAAUGCAGAUCUUUGGUACAACUUGGCGAUUGUUCAUAUUGAACUUAAAGAACCAAAUGAAGCCCUAAAAAAUUUUAAUCGUGCUUUAGAAUUAAAUCCAAAGCAUAAGCUAGCAUUAUUCAAUUCUGCUAUAUUAAUGCAAGAAUCAGGUGAGGUUAAACUUAGACCUGAAGCUAGAAAACGCCUUCUUAGCUACAUAAAUGAAGAGCCACAAGAUGCUAAUGGUUAUUUCAAUUUGGGAAUGCUUGCCAUGGAUGACAAAAAGGACAGUGAAGCAGAGAUGUGGAUGAAGAAAGCCAUAAAAUUGCAAGCCGAUUUUAGAAGUGCUUUGUUUAAUCUGGCUCUCCUGUAUUCUCAGACUGCAAAGGAAUUAAUGGCUUUGCCCAUUUUGGAAGAGUUACUCAGAUACUAUCCUGACCAUAUCAAGGGUCUCAUUUUAAAGGGAGACAUUCUGAUGAAUCAAAAGAAAGAUAUACUUGGAGCAAAAAAAUGUUUUGAAAAAAUUUUGGAGAUGGAUCCAAACAAUGUGCAAGGAAAACACAAUCUUUGUGUUGUUUAUUUUGAAGAGAAGGACUUACUAAAAGCUGAAAGAUGCCUGGUUGAAACAUUGGCAUUAGCACCACAUGAAGAAUAUAUUCAACGCCAUUUGAAUAUAGUCAGGGAUAAAAUAUCCUCAUCUAGUUUUGCAGAACAGCCAGUAUCCCCAGCUGGUAAGACUUCAGGUGUAGAAGGAGACAAAAUUCCAACUGAAAAUGUAAAAGAAGUAAGAAGUGAACCCAGACCUACACAGAUCAUAAAACCAAGUGGUAAUAAAAGUCAGUCUAAGUCCAACAAACUAUUAGGAAAAAGUACAGACAAAGAGACACCCCAUAAAACAACAAAAGAAAUCAAAGAAAUUGAGAAAAAAAGAGUUGCUGCUUUAAAAAGACUAGAAGAGAUUGAACGUAUUUUAAAUGGUGAAUAGCAUUAUUUAUCAUGUGACAAUGUCUUCAAAGAACUUCAGUCUAUCUUAUGUGAUUGUUUAUACUGGGAGCUUUGAAAAAACAACAAGUGUACAUGUGACAGUCUAUCAUGAGCUGCCUCUACAUAGGAUCAAAAUACGAUUUUCAUUAAAUACCUGUGUUACUCUAGGGUAUGUAUUGUAUAAGAUAUGACAGUAGUUCUGAGUUUUGGCAAAUAUAGCAGAAAUACUAAAUUACAGUUGGCAAAUUUGUAUCUUUUAUGUAGAAGAAUCUACCUGCAGAGUAAUCUUGACUACUCUCAAAAAUAAUCUAAAGCCUGAAUAAUAAACCCUUGGGGGCAGAUUCAACAUAUGCUAGUUUAUUCUAUGAAUUUGCAUUUAUUAGUUGACUUCAUUACCUUCUGUUACCUUUGGAAUCUGACUGUGGAUUGAAAACACUUAAUGAACACAUUGUUUUUUCUUUGGUAACUUCUGUUUAACAAAGGAACUUGGCACCACAAAAGAAUACUGGCUUCUUUUAGGUUAUGUUCUUUGGUUGAUUUUUAGAAGGACUGCCAGGUAAAACUUUUUAAAAUAAGUCCUAUGACAUGUUAGUUUAAGAAUGUAUUUUUCAUAAUUGUGUGCUUUUCCUUAACUUUACUCUGAAAUGCAAUUUUUAAUCAGGUAAAGUUUUAAAUACACACAUUUCUAAUGGUGCUCAUAUAUACUGUAUUUUUAUUUUUUUACAUACUGAGAGUUUCACAGCAUGAACCCCACAUAAAUCAUAGCUAUCUUUGAUUUUUUACUCCCCAAACUGUUCAGGUUUAUUAGAGUCUAGUCAGAUUGAAAAUGUUCCAGUAAUUGUAACUUCAUUUAAACUUUUGAGUUAAAACAUAAUAAGAUUCUCUUUCAUCUUAGUGUUUUCUCUCUAGUGUUAUUUGAAUUUUAAUUGUUCCAAAAACAUACUUAAUCAUUCUUAGAUACUUUAAGCAACUAAAUUGAGUUCUUUAUUUAACUGAAGGCAAAACAAUGUGACAAAGUUUUAUUUUUAAACACUAAGUUCUUGAUAUCUUCCUAUGGUGUAUAUUUUUAUUAAAUAUUUAUUUCGACUACUGAGCUUUCAUAAAAAAUUUAAAGCUGUUUUAAUUCCAUCAACUAUGGAAAACAAAUUGCUGUUGCAUUUUCCUAUAAAUGCAUAUAUUACAGUUUAACCAAAAUUUCAUCAUCUUUGGCAUACUUUCCAGCUAUAAAAGGUAGUUAGCCUCAUAUAGGAUUAAUAGUUAAUUUUAGCAAAUUUAAACCUGAAAACUGUUAGGUUGAAGAGUAGAUAUAAAUCAAAUUUAUUAAUUUAUAUCUGAUUUUUUGAGUUAAAAUACAUUUCAAAUGAGUUUUACAGUACCGAAUAAAGUUGGUUUUAAUUUAAAAUGUUAAAGCUGAAGCUAUCAUCCUGAGAUAGUAACUGAUUUCUAAUUAUAUAGAAUUUAAAAAACUGUAUUUCUGUUCCUCUGAGAUAACUAAAUUGUUUCAAAAAUCAUUACUGUAAGUUUUUAUAAAGAAAUAUUUUCUAAAUAGGUCACAAGAAACAUAGUCUACAUUAAAGACCUACUCUUACUAGCUUCCCUGAGGUUGUGUCAUAGAUUAUUUUUUAGGCAAUUUAAAUCAAGCACUGACACCAAUCAUAGUUCAUUUUUGAUUUAGGAGAUUCUAUUCAGGAUUUAAAGCAAUACCCAGUUUCAGUUUUUAAAUUAUGGAUUUGUGACUCCAGGUAUAAGAUGGAGAAUACCUCAUAUACUAUGACUUGAAAAACAAAAUCUAUGUUAAUCUUAUGUUCUCUCCACGUAUCUUGAGAAAAAGUUUCUGAGUUUGAUCUCUUCUGUUAUAUAGUAUCAAACAAAGAUAUUUCAGAAAAGUAAAGAGAAUCUUUCAUGACAGCAGAUUAUAAUAAGAGCUUUGAGUAAUAUUUUAAUAAAAUUGUAUAACUAUUGAAAAGAUAAAAAA